AAACUGAAAAAUUCAAUGUAAUUGAAUCCUACGACGAGCAAGUCAGACUCUAUAAUGGCAAAAGAAUAAUAUUAAGUUUGCUGAAUAACGUGAAGUUUUGUAAGAAUGAUGUAAAAAAAUUUAUCAAUGAG